AUGGGACUCAACAGUUGGUUGCACCGCAACACGGAGAGCUGGGCUCGCUCGUGGCUCCUGAGCAACACCGCCAUCCAAUACUACUGCGCUUGUUGCGGUGCAGCAUCCGUCAUCUUUUUCGUCAUCUCGUUCGCCAUCGCCGACUUCAUCCCUCCACCUCCGCCUUCCUGGGGUGCUGAAAAGGUUGCCAAGUUCUACCAGGACCAUACAACACGCAUUCAUGCGGGUGCUGCCAUCAACAUGAUUGCUGGUGGUUUUUAUUUACCCUUUUCGACCGCAAUUUCCUACCAAAUCCGCCGCGUUCCCAAUAUCCCUUACAUCAUCCAUCAAGUUCAGCUCGCUUCCGCCUCGGCCGGAAUCUGGACUUUUAUGCUGCCGGGAAUAGUUCUCGCCAUUGCUUCCUAUCGCCCUGAUCGGCCGAUAGAGAUCACUCAUGCCCUAAACGACUUCUUUUGGCUUGUUGCGUUUAUGCCUUGGCCAACAUUUAUGGUACAGAAUUUUGCUUUCGCUUAUGCCAUUAUUGUCGAUACGCGAAAGAAGCCUCUAUUCCCCAAGGAACUCGCUAUUAUCAAUAUUCUUAUGCCCAUUAUUUUCUCCCUUGCAACCGGUAUGCAUACUGUUUACAGUGGACCCUUCGCGUGGAAUGGGGUCAUAACAUUCUACUUUAUUGGGUUUACCUUUCUUGUGCAAGUGUGUGCGGAUUCAGUCUUCCUGGCUUUAGCUGCUCGAGAGGAAGAGAGAGUGGAGAAGAUGGAAAAGGACGCUGAAUCGAAUGGGGUUGUUGAAACAUCUUCGGUUUAGCGUGCAGAGGUUGCCUCAGAGCUAUGAGAGACUGCAUGGGAAUCUUCAGAUAGAUUAGAG